UCCAGGAGACUUCUUCAUUCUGAUGAGUUUCAGGUGAACUCAGCCUUAUAAGCACUGCCUCCACAUGGACAAAAAGGUUAGUCACAUGAGAUUUAAUCUUCAUUGCAGACAGAGUGGCAUCUUUCCUAGAAGUCUUCAACUUAAAUCAUCUGUUGGUGGACAACGGGCAAGUAAGAYCCUACAGAGGGCACAGACCCAGCUUUUGAACGAAHGRRUAARACAGACCAACUUUACCAUUGAAGCUAUAGAAGCCAAAGAGGAACACAUCCGACAAGAAUUAACAAAACAUCUAGAUCAGACCACAUUCCAACAGGUUAUGUGUUUUACAGAAAAGGCAGGUUUAGCUCAGCAUAUAAAGUACAAGACCCGACAACAAAAGAAGUUCACUUUACUGGUAACUCGACAGUCCCUUCAUAAUUCCAACAACUCUCAGAAGGUGGAACAACACACAGGAGCACAAGCAAAUGCCAGGGAGACAGAGAAGUGGGUGAAGAAUUUAUUUGACAGAGAACUCACCCAGCCAGAAACCGAAAUCCUGUCCAGAGAAGUGAACUUUGCGGUCGCACCAAGAAGAAUUCCUCUGGUUGAGAUGAUCACAGCCACAGAAUCAGCCAAUCGCAACAACAAAAUACCAGAAUUUGAAGCAGAACAACUUAGGAACAAAGUUUCAGCCUGUCUCAGCAAUGCCAAACCACAACAAUCCAACAUCAGUAGAGAAGAGAGAGAUGCUCUCACCAUCCUCAGCAAGGACAAGAACAUCAACAUCGUCCCAGCAGACAAAGGAAGGUGCACAGUGAUUUUGAACCAGAGAGACUAUCAUGAGAAGGUUAUGACACUCCUUAGUGACACGACCACAUACGAGCCACUGAAAAGAAAUCCAGGAAGUGGACACAAGAAGAAGUUGAUAGAGUGACCGAAAAAGUUAGAGCAGGACAAGGCUAUUAACCGCAUUCUGUACCACACAUUGCACCCAGGUGAGGUCACUCCUAGUCUGUAUGGUUUACCCAAAAUUCACAAACAGGAUGUACCGGUAAGACCUAUUGUUAGCAUGAUUAACUGUCACUUACAAUGUUUCCAAAUAUCUAGUAUCAGUACUUGAUCCAUUAGUUGGCAUUUCAGAUCAUCACAUACAGAACACUAUGGACUUUGUGAACAAAGUGAGGGAUGUCAUCAUGGAGACGGAUGAAACGAUGGUCUCCUGUGAUGUCACAUCACUCUUUACGUGCAUUCCUGUUGAUAAGGUGGUGGAUGUGGUCUGUGUAAGAUUAAAAUCAGACACCACUCUCAGCAGCAGAACCACACUUUCCACAGAACAAGUGUG